UUCUCCGCCGCUGCUUCAGGCUCUCUGUUCAACCCCGGUGGACAAUGGGUCGAAUCAUGUUUUAAAGACAAGCGUUAUGUACUUAACGACCCAAUUUGUAUGAGUAAAUGUGUUAAAAUAACCUAUAAAUGUGUUGGGUGUUCGGCUGCUAAAACUUUAACAGUUCCAAUAAACAAUAAAUGCCCAGAAUGUGCAAUAAAUCAUGUAGAUUUGUCUACUGACGCUUUUAAUUAUCUCGAGCCGAAAGGUGGAAUUGUUGGUGUUGCUAAAGAUGCAACAAUAACUUAUAUUAAAUGUUAG